AUGAAUAAUGUCAUCAUAUGUUUCCUUUUGCUCAUUAAUUAUGGUAAAAGUGUGAUAGGUGCAGAAGCGCAGGGAAAGGAUCCUAACAAUAGUAAUAACCCCUACGAGGAGAGCGAAAUUGACGAAAAAUGGAGGCUACACGAGUUGGAGACGAACCCGUUUAUAGACCUGAAGCAUCCGAACUUCAAUGGCGACUUCAUCAGGUGCAUCGACGAGUACUACGUUUACGAGACGAAGGAAUACAAUGCGUAUAAGAAGGAAAGAUAUAAAAACAUAAAAAAUUACAAAUCAUUCGAAAAGAAGCAAUUCAACUGUGCGAUCAAUGUGCUUGUCCAUGGAAGACCAAAUUCAAGAAACGCAAAUGAUUACAAAAUAUGGAGUGCUGCAGCAAAUAUAAAUAAGCACCAAGCCAUGUUAGAGAAGAAGUACAGCAAGUAUAUUAUUUACACCCCAUUUAUCAGUCUUUCAAAUGUAGUAAGCCCAGAAGGGCUGUAUACACACCUUAACUAUGCUUACCUUUUAUCAAAUAGAUUAGGCAUAACUUUUAAGAAUAUGCUGGAAGAUGACACGUGUUAUAAUUACGAUAUUUUUAUUCAUUCCCAUUGUUACGGUGCCAAUAUAGUUCGAUUAAUAUUUACCUUAGAUAAUGCAAUUUGGAAAAAGUUGGAUACGUCUAUGCUAAAAGUUACCUACGAGAGGGAAGUGCUAGCUAUUCUGGAAGACAAUUUUAAACUGACCCUAAAGGAUAUUAACAUAAUUACUGACAAAAGCAGCAUACAAAUUAGGAAGGACCCAUAUUUUAAAAUCCACAAGUACUAUUUGUAUAAAAAGUUUCAAUCCAAAUUUAGUAAAAAAAAAAUAGUCGAACAUUUUGACGACGUAUUUGAUGAUCAUUCGGUUAAGUAUGAUACCCUUCCCGAGGGGAGAAGCAGUGCUAGCCAUGGUGGAGGAGGCAAAGGCUCCAUCGGAAAAUUAGCGGCUCAACCAGGAACGAGUGACUCACCAGGAACAGACGAAGAAGAAGAGUCGGAAUCAGAAUCAGAAUCAGACGAAGAGGACGAAUUCACUUUCUUCGCAAAAUUUAAAAAAGCGCGUAAAAAAAGUGGACAACCAUCGAACAGAAGUUUGAAAAGAUUACACAACUACUUGCUAAAUAAAAAAUUUACCCUGUUAAGUGUAGUCUCUACGGCACCUCCCCUUGUCGGUAUUGUAUCCAACAUGGAAGAUAUACGAGUGGGUCAUCAGAAAUUAAUGAAGUACAAAUUUAUGUUCCAAAAUGUGCCUUCCUUUUUGAGAUCCAAACUGAUGAAAACGAGGGAUGCACAGGAAUUAUUACAUGUGGUGAAUCCAGGGUUAUUGUGCCUACUAGCUUUACAUGAAAAACUUAAUUACAAUUAUGAGAAGAAUACGGGUUCUUUAAUCUCUCAUUUUAGGAAUGUGAAUUACUACUCCGAUUUGGACAAUGAUGAGCUCAUGAGUUUGCACACCAGCUUGGGAUUACAUUCUACGUUGCACAUGAGGUCUCUAAGUUAUUACAUUUUGAACUUCAGGAAUGAGUACCACCACCGCACGUAUGCGCUCCCUGCCCACUUAUCAGACAUUAACGUUUCAAACAAUUAUGCAUUUUUUGAAUAUAUAAAGAAGCAUAAUGUAUGUUCCCAAAUUAAGCACAGCGAGUUGGAAAGAUUCGUCUCCUACUUACAUGAAAUUGUAAAUUUUGAUCAAAAACCGCAGCCGUAUAUUCCUCAUAGGCAAGUUUAUAAGAAUCCCUUCAUGUCACACUACGUCAUACCAUACAUGCAGGAAAAUAACGUAUACACCCCUCACUCUAUCCUUGGCACGGGUAGAACAGCGUUAUUGCUCUACUCCUAUGACAUAUACAAACAUAUUUCGAUGAACGGAUUUAGCGAAAGGAACGUAAUAAAAAAUGACAUAAACUUUUUGUACGAUGCAGACCCGUUUAUAUACUACAACUGGUUGACCUACAUAGGAAAUCAGAACGACCUCCUUGAGGAAAAUUUUAUCAAGAAUUUUCACGUAUACUCAGAUAACAUAAAUAUGAACCUGGUGCAAAAUUUAUUUAACAUGUUUGUUUCAACACAUUAUGUGAAAUUUUUUAUUUUUAGUAAAAAUAACACGGCGGAUGUGUACCGUAGUUUGUACAGAACGCUCAGGAAAUUUUCCCUACCCAUUAAUAAAGUGGUUUUGAGAAGACAGAGGGAGAAGAAAAUUAACUUCCCUUUGUUGAAUAAUGACAAAUUUGAUCAUAAGGAGAAUGUCAUAUAUGACUACAUAUGCAGGUACACAAACUUCUUGAAAACCUUUUCGUACCUCAAUUCUUUUCAGUACAUUAAAAACGAAAUGUUCAUUCUUAACCAUAAGACUUUUAAAAAGUACCAAAGUGAUCGAAUGGGGGAGUUAAAAAAUGAAAUAAAAAAGGCGCACGAUUUUAUUCAGCAAAACAGCACCUUUAGCGAUAUGAAGAAUAAACUCACAACCAUGUAUAACAUUGAAAAUACAGCUAUUAGUAGCGAACGUGAACUUGAAGUAAACGAAGAAGUAGGAGAUCUGAACACAUUCGAAUUUGCUAACUACGCACUUGAGGAUAGUAAAGAAAAUAGCGCUAGUAACAGCAGCAUUCAAAAUAUAGACAAAGAAUAUGUUACCUAUCAUGGUAUCUACAUAAAUAUUAGACGUACCAUGACUCUUAAGGAAGCCUUUCUAUCCAUUUCCAUGUAUAACAACAUGUAUGAAGGAAUACAGUAUAUCGAGUUUGUAAUUAAAGGAUCCUCAUAUAAUGAAGUGGAAGACCAUUUGAACAACAUGGAAGAUGUAAAUUCCUGUCUCUUUGACAAAGACGAAGAUAUCGAACUUAACUUUAUUUCCAAAUUUUGCAACUACGAUCAGCAGGCCUACUUCCAUAUAAAGAAAUUAUAUACCUCGAGAAAUUUAUACGUUUUGAAUUCCUUAAAACACUGUAACUACCCAAAAUAUAGAUACCUCAAAUUGUGUGAAAAUAUGAACCUCCUUAAGACAUUCUUCCAGAGCGAUUUAAGUAUUACUCUAUCCGCAUUACACGAACGAGAAAAAAAAAGAAUGGCUAACAUGAGGGAUGCAAUCGAAAGAGAAAUGGACGAAAUGGAUAUCCUCUCCAUUAGCAAUGAUUCCCUGGCAGCUAUUUUUCACAACAAAAAUGAAGACAUUAGCACCUUUAAAAUUAAUGCUUGUUUUAUCAUUCCAGAGAAACCAUUGAUUCAAAAUUUGUUCUCCAAUGAGGCGCCUAUGCAGUCUACAAAAGAGGAAGCAGAAAUGGGAAUUCUGAGAAAGGUGGGCGAUGGCCAUCCUAGUGUCGAUACCAGUGACCUUAUCACCAUGACUGAAGGUUCCUCCAGUUUCGACAGUAACCUCAGUAAUAUGAAAGAAAUUAGCGGUAGCAGAACCAGCCUCCAUAGCCUUGAAAGCCUGGACGGCUACGCCGAUGUCGACAAUGACGUCAUCGAAGCGGCGUACGAAUUGCAGCGCGAGUUGGACCCAGCAGCGCAGAUGGGAAUGGACGUUGAAAGUGGAAACGAAAAGAAAAGUGAGAAGGAGAGGGAGAAGGAGGAAAAGGAAAAGCAAAUGCAAAAGCAAAUGCAAAAGCAAAGGGAGAAGAAGGAAAGGGAAAAGAAAGAAAAGGAGAAGAAGGAAAAGGAAAAGAAGGAAAAAGAGAAGAACGAUAACAGUUACGCCCACAGUAGUGGCAGUCGCAGCAGCAGUUACAACUACAGCGGUGAUAACGUCUUCUGCACACAAGUGACGCUGCCAGUUCUGCUCCGAAAGGACAUCCUCAAAAGUGCCCAUGACAUCUACAUGCGGGCAAUUCGAAGCGUCAUGCAGAACCCGCACUUCAGAAGCGCCUUCAACUUAAGGAAGGGGGAAGAACCCUACGAGUCCUUCAUUUACUUCUUUGACAAAUUCGCCUACGUCUACAAUCAAAAAAAUAAGUAUGCGCGCACAGGGGACGUCAAGACGUUUAAUACCCCGCAAAAUAUUAAGUGGAACUACUUCUACUAUUUGUUAAAGUAUGGCUCGGGAACGAAUUACAACACUGAGGUCUUUUUGGAAAACUUCUUCUAUGGGAAGAAAACAAGUCUCGUGAAACCACAGAAGGAUAACAUUUUAAAGGACUUCCUAGCCCACUUCACCGUCUUCUUUUACCUCUUCAAGUUGGAUUAA